ACACAGUUCCGCGCUCGUGGAAGACGAGUACACAAGAUGUCAAGGAAAGUGAUUGAGCUCUUUUACGACGUGGUUUCGCCGUAUUCCUGGCUCGGGUUCGAGGUGCUAUGUCGCUACAGAAAUGUGUGGAACAUGGAGCUCAAACUACGCCCCGCCUUUCUGGGCGGCGUCAUGCAGGCGUCAGGUAACAGGCCUCCUGCGAUGGUGCCAAAUAAAGCUCUGUACAUGAUGAAGGAUAUCGAGCGUCUGGCGUCUUUUGUGAACGUCCCUCUGCGUUCCCCGGCUGACCCGUUUGAUGUUAUGUUUUCGAAAGGCACUCUCGCUGCGAUGCGUUUCAUAACGGCUGUAGCGGAGAAAGACAAAGGUAGCGAUCACAUAGUGGAGAAGGUUUCUAGAGAACUGUGGAAUAGAAUCUGGAGCAGGGAUCAGGAUAUCUGUGAGGCAGCAUCUCUCUCCGAGGUAUUUGUGUACAAGUUGUCUGAACCGGUUUAUGUAAACCCGUGUGUCCCACCAGGCGUCGCUGUUGACGUUCCGUUUUAUUAGACCUAUAUGUCACCAUUUUUAUAAUAGCCUACAUAUUUCAUCAGUUAUCUCGAAAUUAAAGCAGAAACUAAGGUUUUGGUCGUGUUUUUGUUUAAUAUCUAACGUUUGAGUUGUUAAUUCUUGGGUGUUUCUAGCUAUGUGUUUUCGGUCCUCAUUUUGUUGGAGGCCCCAUGACCCACGACUAAGACCAAACUUUUUUGACACUGGGCAGCACAUUUCGCUCCAGAAUGCCUUGUCCGUCCUGAGUCCAAACUCAAUCAAACACUGAUAUACCUUGACCUUGGGUUAGGGUUAACCCUAACCCGAGUUUACCUCUAAUCUCUUGGCUAGUUGUUCUCGGCUCUUUGAUUACAAUAAUGUCACUGAUUACAUUAAAGCUCUUUGUUUGUGUUAUCCGUCUUUUCAAUUAGUCCAGGUAGGUUGACUACAGUCCUGUGGUAGUUAAACUGUAUAAUAUGUGUAACUGCGGUCACAGGAACAUCAAGCUGCUUGGAGGUGAUCUUAUUGCCGUUAACAUGUUUAUCUCCAAUUUUCUUUUUAAUCCUGAGACAAUGGUCUUCUCAGAUUUCUCUGGUUCAUGUUCAGUGUGGUACAGAGACUAUCUUUCACCCUUUAAAUGGACAGACUGACUAAUGUACAAGCGUGAAGACACCACCUGUGAUGCUAAUUACAGGACACACUUUAAGUUUAACGUGUCCCUAUGGUCAAAGUAUUUUCAAUCUUUUCUGAAGGGUACCAUAAUUUUUGCUCAGGCCAGCUUUUUAAUAUGCU